AUGUCUGGAAAAACCAAGAUUCACCGAGAGGUUCGACUCAGUUUUCAUGACAGACGUUCAUGGUUAAUUAGGAAGCAUUUGAAUGAUAGUCCUGAGGAUCGAGUGCUCGGUGCUGCUAAGGAAGAGCUUAUCAGGAGAAAGAAGAGAAGAAUACGACCAGAGAUUCCUCUUCCUAUGCAUUUGGUGAAUGAAGAGAUUCUUACGAGACUGCCUGCUAAAUCACUCAUGAGAUUCAACUGUGUCUCCAAGCUUUGGUCAUCUCACAUCAACUCACCAUAUUUCACCAACCGCUUCCUCACCCAACGACGUCCUCCUCGUAUUCACAUGUGCUUGCUGGAUCCUAGUGACCGCCACAAAGAUGUAACACUAUCAUUGACUCCAGACACUACGUCUUCUUCCUUUGUAGUCAACCACGAUCUGACCAUUCCAUGGAGGGGAAGCUACUUCUUGCAAAGUCUUCGUGGCUUCAUGUGCUACACCUACUGGAAAAAGCCGCGGAUCUUUAACCCUCCCACCAGACAGCUCGUCACCUUACCCGCCCCCGUCAAAUCCUCCAAGAUCACAAAUGGUACAGUCGUUACCUACUAUUACGGAUACGACCCUGUUAACGACCAGUACAAAGUGGUCUGGUCAACUGGUUUUUACUUCAAACAUUUGCAAGAGAUGAGGUCAGAGCAUUGGGUAUAUGUCCUAAAACCUGGACGACGUUCCUGGAAAAAGGUGGCUCCAACUCCACCGGACUAUCAUCCUCACUAUCCGACCAGAGUAGGAGUGUGUAUCGACGGGGUUAUAUAUUACCUGGCUUGGACUGGUAUUUACAGUUGUGCGGUUGUGAGUUUCCACAUUAGAUCCGAAGAGUUUAAAACGAUCCAAGCACCUCACAGGGACGGAGAUGAGCUCCAUGAAGGAAUCUUCAGUGCGAGUCUUAUAGAGUAUUGUGGCAAAGUAACUAUCAUUGACCAAACCAAUCUUAGAAACAAGGGUUUGUUAGAUUUAUGGGUUGUGGAAGACGCCGGGAACAAUCAUUGGUCGAGGAGCUACAUUUGGUCAAUGAAACCAUGUUCAAUUUCAAAGCUACAACAUGGCAAGCUUUUCUUGAUUCCAAGGGAUUGUUUUUUUCCCUUUCACAUUCUGUGUUAUGAUCUGCAAAGCAAUGAUUUGCAAAAGAUCGAAAUCAAAGGUGUACCAGACGACUGGUCAAAUAAGUCGAAUAAGGAGGAAUCGGAUAUUCACGUUAUGUUGAUAGAGAUGAGUGAGAGUCUAUUUAAGGUGAUCGAUGUUGAUGGAUCAGAGUGA